AAAAAAAAAAAAAAACCUUAUUCUUCCGCCAUCGAUAACGAUGUUGAUUGCGGACGGAAUUUUUAGCAAGAGAGAGGGGAAGAAGAGACAGAGGUUGGAAUCGCAGCAGUCCAAAUCUUCCGAUUUGGAACCCGAGGCUAAAAUUGCUAACAAGGGAAAGAGGAAGAAGAAGAAGAAGAGGGAGGUAGUGGUGGAAACUAAGCCGUCCGAUUUGGACCCCGUCUCUGAAAAUGCUAAGAAGGAGAAGAUGAAGAAGGCCGAAGCUAAGUCGUCCUGAUCGUCCGAUUUGGAUCCCGAUUCCGAAAUAGCUAACCGAAAGAAGGAGAAGAAGAGAAGGAAGAAGAGGGCGGAAGCUGAGCCAUCCAGAUCGUCCGAUUUGGAUCCCGAUUUCCGAAUUUCUUAACAGAAGGAGGAGAACAAAGAAUAGAAGAAAGCGGCCGAUUUGGAUCCGGACUGCAGAAGGAGGAGGAGAAAGUGAAGAAGAGGGCGGAAGCUGAGUUGUCCAAAUUGUCUGAUCCCGAAACUGCUAACCAGAACAAGGAGGAGAAGAAAGGGAAGAAGAGGGCGGAAGCUGAGUUGUCCAAAUUGUCUGAUCUGGAACCCCAGAACCAGAAGAAGAGCAAGGAGGAGGAGGAGGAGGAGGCGGCGAAGAGGGUGGAAGCCAGAGGGGUUCUCUUGGAGGAUCCCGAUGCGAAAAUGCUGUGGGACAAGAAGAUGAUGUUUGAGAUGGCGCAUGCAUCCAAGGGUUAUUCGAGGCAGGAUCUCACGGCUAUGUUUCUUGAUAGUUUGCGGAGGGUUGCCGCUAUGAGGAUUGGCCGACCGCCGAAAUGGGGGCUGCUGAGGCCUAAUUGGUCCCGGCCGAUCCCGGAGAAGUGGUACCACAUCUUGAAAGCCUUCGAAAAGGUGGAUAAAGAACUCUGUCCCUGCAGCUCCAACACUGGUGGGUUCGUCCAUGAUAUGACGAUGAAUUAUAUUUCUCGGUGUGAUUUAUCAUAUUAACUAACGAAGUAAAUUUGUCACAUAAUGUUGCUUAAGAAUAUAUAAAUAAAAGUUGUAUUACGACUUCGUACUUGUAUAAGUUGUAUUGUUCUUUUUCUACUAACAUUCAUAUAUAAAUUUUAGGUUAAUACCUAUCGGUGUUCCAAUACUGA